AUGUCGUGGAUAUUGAACCCUGAAGGGGAUCGGCAGCAGCGAAGACGCCCGGAGAAGCUCAAGGCGCAGGACGGGGCAGCGGGCCCAGACGCGCAGGCAGAGUCUGCGCCAGGCUCCCCGUGGGCCGAGUUUCCUCUCAAGGACGAAUACCCUACCGUCGAGGACCCCUCCGUCCCCGGCAGACAGGUGUCGACCAAGCAGGCCAACCGCCCUUUCCUCGCGUACGCGAAAUACCGCCAAGAGCGCCAGCAGGCCCACGACGACUGGGUAAAACGCAUGGAGGAGCGCAAGGAGAAGAUCGCCCGCGGGGAAGACGUUGGCCCCGAGGAGCCCGACCCGACGGCAGAGGUCGAGGUUGGCUGCUCGGGCGUGCUCAAGUUCAUGCUCUAUGCAUUGAUCUUUGCCGUCCUCGCGGGCAAGUUCUUCACCGGGAGCUACCUUUGGGAGUUGGAUCCACCGAGCCUGCGCCAAUACCUCCCGUCGACGGACCGGUUGUUCUCUGAAAGCGUGCUCGCAACGUACGACGGAACAGAUCCCGAGAAGCCCAUAUACCUCGCUAUCGACGGCGUGGUGUACGACGUCAGUGCCGGCCGCGCGACCUACGGCCCUGGCGGCUCGUACCACCUAAUGGCUGGGACGGACGCCGCGCGCGCGUACGGCACCGGGUGCUUCAAGACGCACCGCACACACGACCUGCGCGGCCUGACGGAGAGCGAGAUGAGGGGUGUUGAGCACUGGAAGAAGUUCUACGCGGAGUCGAAAAAGUACGCUCGCGUGGGCCGCGUCUCGCACCUCGCGAUCGACCCGGCGAGCCCGGUGCCGGAACACUGCACCCCGAAGAAGGCAGAGGCGGCCAAGGACGCGGCGGCGGGCGCGGGGAAGGACGGGAACGGGAACAGGGCGCACGGCGAGCUGUAG